AUGUAUUUCACUCUCGCAGGCUCCGUGCUCACAGCAUUGAUCGUUUCCUCACUGCUGGCACCAGUUGCGGCACAGACGUACUCGACAUGCAAUCCUCUACUUCAAAGUGGAUGUCCUGCGGACCCUGCUCUGGGUAGAUCUGUCGACAUUGAUUUCACGUCCGGAUCCUCGAAUGAAUUCGCUGCAUCAGGCAAUCCGACCUAUGACUCCAAUGGCGCAGCCUUUACCAUUUCCAAGUCCGGCGACUCUCCCUCCAUAUCCUCCAACUGGUACAUCAUGUUCGGACAUGUCGAUUUUGUCGUCAAGGCUGCUCCAGGCACGGGAAUAGUCAGUGCUGCUAUUUUGCAGUCGGACUGCUUGGAUGAGAUCGAUUGGGAAUGGCUGGGAGGCGAUAAUACACAGGUCCAGAGCAAUUACUUCGGAAAAGGAAUUACCACUACCUACAAUCGUGGGGCAUUCCAUUCCGCACCCGACAACCAUGACACUUUCCACACAUACAGCAUUGACUGGACUGCCGAUCAGAUUGUCUGGUCGGUUGACGGAACCACCGUUCGAGCCAUGACGCAAGAUCAAGCUGAGGCUGGUCAAUAUCCUCAGACGCCCAUGUACGUCAAGUUGGGCGCUUGGGCUGGAGGCGAUCCCUCAAACCCCGAGGGCACCAUUCAAUGGGCUGGCGGUGUGACUGAUUACUCUCUUGGCCCCUUUACCAUGUACGUCAAGUCGGUCCAUGUCACAGACUAUUCCACCGGUUCUCAAUACUCGUACUCGGGCACCAGUGGCACAUGGCAAUCCAUCGUUUCCAGUGGUGGUCAGAUCAAUAGUCAAGGAAACGGCACUCCGGUGUCAACCGGAGAUGCUCCAGCGGUUACAUCUCAAGUCUCUGGCAAUGCUCCACUUGCCUUUGGCAAUGAUGACAACACUGAAUCUGUCUACGCAACUCGAACAGGCUGGCCGUGGUCAGGAACAGCGACAGCGACCGCCGUGACCACUACGACCCAAUCCCCUUCGUCCUCUCUAUCAGCCUCGUCAUUGGCUUCGGAGUCGGCUUCUUCACUUGAAGUGGUUACAUCAUUCAAUGAUCAAGGCUUUCCAACUCUCGUCACGAUUGAUCCAGCAGCGCCACCCACGCCGAAAAGUUACGAUAGCCAGGGCUUCCUCAUCACCAGCACCAUUUCUGAGGCUUCUUCAGCAACAGGAGCGCCAAUAUCUCCAAGCAUCAGUGCUUCAGACAGUGGAUCGGCGAGCACAGCUGCCUUCACACCCACAAAUUCAAUUGCAGGACAGACUGAAAGCAUAAACUCGGUAGCGGUGUCGACGGAAAGUCCGAUCAAUCCAACUUCCGGCGGCUAUGGAGCGAGCAGCAGCAGUACAGUGAAUAAUCCGGCUAAUUCGGUGGGAGCUCAAUCGACGACUAGACUCGCCCUCAGUUCAGACGAGCUUCUCAGCCUCAACUUCCAGCACCAUCAUCAUUGCGACCCUAUCAACAUCAAGCAUUACAGCCAGCGCGACGGAAGGCCCUGGGCGUCUAAGCUCGAUAACCUCUUCCGAAUCACAAACAUCAAGGGCUUCUCAAUCCACAAUCGCUUCAACGAAUUCGUCCCCUUCUCACUCAGGCUUAUCAAGCACCACAUCAACCAGAACCACCACGAGCACGGCGACCAAUUCACAGAGAAGCACCACAUUGGUUACCUCCAGCGCUAG